GCCUUGGCUAGGCGGGGAACCGCGUCGCCUAGCAGCCACAGCCGCUUUGGCAAGGUGGAGAAUUGGCGGGAGCCUGGGCGCGACGGGACUAAGCUAGGGAGCGGCCAGGGAUUCGGCGGCGCCGGGGAGUGGAUGUUGCGGUAGAUGAGCGAGGGCUGCUGCUUGGCAGGCUCGGUCUAGAAAGUGGAGGACAGUGAAAGAAUUCAAGAUGCCACCUAAUAUAAACUGGAAAGAGUUAAUCAAAGUUGACCCAGACGACCUGCCUCGUCAAGAAGAACUGGCAGACAACUUACUGAUUUCCUUAUCCAAGGUGGAAGUAAAUGAGCUAAAAAAUGAGGAUCAAGAAAAUGUGAUACAUCUUUUUAGAAUUACUCAGUCACUAAUGAAGAUGAAAGCUCAAGAAGUAGAGCUAGCUUUGGAAGAAGUUGAAAAGGCUGGAGAAGAACAAGCAAAAUUUGAAAACCAAUUAAAGACAAAAGUAAUGAAACUGGAAAAUGAACUGGAGAUGGCUCAGCAGUCUGCAGGUGGACGGGACACUUGGUUUUUACGUGAUGAAAUUCGUCAACUUGAAAAGCAAUUGGAACAAAAGGAUAGAGAAUUAGAGGACAUGGAAAAGGAGCUGGAUAAAGAGAAGAAAGUUAAUGAACAAUUGGCUCUUCGAAAUGAGGAGGCAGAAAAUGAAAACAGCAAAUUAAGAAGAGAGAAUGAACAGCUUCGCCAGGAUAUUAUUGACUACCAGAAACAAAUAGAUUCACAGAAAGAAACACUUUUAUCAAGAAGAGGAGAAGACAGCAACUAUCGAUCACAGUUGUCUAAAAAAAACUAUGAACUUGUUCAAUAUCUGGAUGAAAUUCAGACCUUAACUGAAGCUAAUGAGAAAAUUGAAAUUCAGAACCAAGAAAUGAGAAAAAAUCUAGAAGAAUCUGUUCAGGAAAUGGAGAAAAUGACAGACGAAUAUAACAGGAUGAAAGCUAUUGUACAUCAAACAGAUACUGUUAUGGACCAGUUAAAAAAAGAGAAUGAACACUAUCAACUUCAAGUGCGAGAACUCACAGAUCUUCUGAAAGCAAAGGAUGAAGAAGAUGAUCCAGUCAUGAUGGCUGUCAAUGCAAAAGUAGAGGAGUGGAAGGUACUUUUCUCAGACAAACAGCUCUCACUCAGGAGGCAGGGUAUUCACGAGCGAGAUAGUCAAAUUAAGAUGCUCACUGAACAAAUAGGACAGUAUACUAAAGACAUGGAAAAAAAUACUUUCAUUAUUGAAGAUUUGAAAAAUGAGCUCCAAAGAGACAAAGGUACUUCAAACUUUAAUCAGCAGACUCAUUACAUGAAAAUUCACUCAAAGGUACAAAUUCUAGAAGAGAAAACAAAAGAGGCUGAGAGAAUAGCCGAGCUGGCUGAAGCUGAUGCUAGGGAAAAGGAUAAAGAAUUGGUUGAGGCUCUAAAAAGAUUAAAAGAUUAUGAAUCGGGAGUAUAUGGUUUAGAAGAUGCUGUUAUAGAAAUAAAGAAUUGUAAAAACCAAAUUAAAAUACGUGAUCGAGAGAUUGAAUCAUUGACCAAAGAAAUCAACAAACUUGAGAUGAAGAUCAAUGAUAUCCUUGAUGAAAAUGAAGCACUUAGAGAGCGUGCAGGCCUUGAACCAAAGACAAUGAUUGAUUUAACUGAAUUCAGAAACAGUAAAUGCUUAAAACAGCAGCAGUAUAGAGCUGAAAACCAGAUUCUUUUGAAAGAGAUUGAAAGCCUAGAGGAAGAACGACUUGAUUUGAAAAAAAAAAUUCGUCAAAUGGCUCAAGAAAGAGGAAAAAGGAAUGCAGCUUCAGAAUUAACCAUUGAAGACCUGAACCUAACUGAAAGUUUAUCUCAAGAAGAUAGAAUAGGAGAACAACAAACUUUUAUAAAAUCCAAAAAUAUGAAUGAAGCACAAUCAAAGAAUGAAUUUCUUUCAAGAGAACUAAUUGAAAAGGAAAGAGAUUUAGAAAGAAGUAGGACAGUAAUAGCUAAAUUUCAAAAUAAAUUAAAAGAAUUAGUUGAAGAAAAUAAGCAACUUGAAGAUGGUAUGAAAGAAAUAUUGCAAGCUAUUAAAGAAAUGCAAAAGGAUCCUGAUGUGAAAGGAGAAGAAACAUCUCUAAUUAUCCCUAGUCUUGAAAGACUAGUCAAUGUUUUAGAAUCAAAAAAUGCAGAAGGAAUCUUUGAUGCUAGCAUGCAUUUGAAAGCCCAAGUUGAUCAACUAACUGGAAGGAAUGAAGAAUUAAGGCAGGCACUCAGGGAAUCUCGGAAAGAGGCUAUAAAUUAUUCACAGCAGUUGGUAAAGGCAAAUCUAAAGAUUGAUCAUCUUGAGAAAGAAACCAAUCUUCUACGACAAUCUCAAGGAUCAAAUGUAGUUUUUAAAGGUGUAGACUUACCUGAUGGGAUAGCACCAUCUAGUGCCAAUAUCAUUAAUUCUCAGAAUGAAUAUUUAAUAUAUCUCUUGCAGGAACUAGACAAUAAGGAAAAGAAGUUAAAGAAUUUAGAAGAUUCUCUUGAAGAUUAUAAUAGAAAAUUUGCAGUCAUUCGUCAUCAACAAAGUAUAAUAUAUAAAGAAUAUCUAAGUGAAAAGGAAGUUUGGAAAACUGAAUCUGAAAUCAUAAAAGAGGAAAAGAGGAAACUUGAGGAUCAAAUCCAACAAGAUGCUGUCAAAGUACAGGAAUACAAUAAUUUGCUCGAUGCUCUUCAGAUGGAUUCAAAUGAAAUGAAAAAAACACUUUCAGAAAACAGUAGGAAAAUCACUGUUUUGCAAGUGAAUGAAAAGUCAUUAAUACGGCAGUAUACCACCUUAGUAGAAAUGGAACGACAGCUUAGGAAAGAAAAUGGGAAACAGAAGAAUGACUUGAUAGCAAUGGAAGCAGGAGUUUGUGAAAAAAUUGGAAGCUUGCAAAGAUUUAAGGAAAUGGCCAUUUUCAAAAUUGCGGCUCUCCAGAAAGUCAUAGAUAAUAGUGUUUCUUUAUCUGAACUAGAAGUAGCCAAUAAACAGUACAAUGAACUGACUACUAAGUACAGAGAUAUCUUGCAGAAAGAUAAUAUGCUUGUUCAGAGAACAAAUAACUUAGAACACAUAGAGUGUGAAAAUGCAUCUUUAAAAGAACAAAUGGAGUUCUUAAAUAAAGAACUGGAAAUUACAAAGGAAAAACUCCAUACCAUUGAACAAGCCUUAGAGCAAGAAAUUAAAUUGGGAAAUGAAUCAAACAUGGAUAAGGCAAAGAAGUCAGUGACAAAUAGUGACAUUGUUUCUAUUUCAAAAAAAAUCACUAUGUUGGAAAUGAAGGAAUUAAAUGAGAGACAGCGGGCAGAACACUGUCAGAAAAUGUAUGAACACCUACGGACUUCACUAAAGCAAAUGGAAGAACGGAAUUUUGAAUUAGAAACCAAAUUCUCUGAGCUUACCAAAAUCAACUUGGAUGCACAGAAGGUGGAACAGAUGUUGAGAGAUGAAUUAGCUGAUAGUGUGAGCAAGGCAGUAAGUGAUGCUGAUAGACAACGGAUGCUAGAAUUAGAGAAGAGUGAAGUGGAACUCAAAGUUGAAGUGUCAAAACUGAGAGAAAUUUCCGAUAUUGCCAAAAGACAAGUUGAAUUUUUGAAUUCACAGCAGCAGUCAAGGGAAAAGGAAGUAGAAUCCCUCAGAAUGCAGAUGCUAGACUAUCAGGCACAGUCUGAUGAAAAGGCGUUAAUUGCCAAAUUACACCAACGUAUUGUCUCUCUUCAAAUUAGCGAGGCUACUGCUCUUGGUAAGUUGGAGUCAGCUAUAUCUAAAGUCCAGAAGAUGGAGGCCUACAAUUUGCGUUUAGAGCACAAACUUGAUGAAAAAGAACAGGCUCUGUAUUAUGCUCGUUUGGAGGGAAGAAAUAGAGCAAAACAUCUGCGCCAAACAAUUCAGUCUCUACGAAGACAGUUCAGUGGUGCUUUACCCCUGGCGCAGCAGGAAAAGUUCUCUAAAACAAUGAUUCAGUUGCAAAAUGACAAACUCAAGAUAAUGCAAGAAAUGAAAAAUUCUCAACAAGAACGUAGAAAUAUGGAAAACAAAACACUAGAGAUGGAAUUAAAGUUAAAAGACUUAGAAGAAUUAAUAAGCACUUUAAAGGAUACCAGGGGAGCCCAAAAGGUAAUCAAUUGGCAUACGAAGAUAGAAGAACUCCGUCUUCAAGAACUUAAACUAAAUAGAGAGCUAGUCAAGGAUAAAGAAGAAAUCAAAUAUUUGAAUAAUAUCAUAUCUGAGUAUGAGCAUACAAUCAGCAGUCUGGAAGAAGAAAUUGUUCAGCAGAACAAGUUUCAUGAAGAAAGACAAAUGGCUUGGGAUCAAAGAGAAGUUGAACUGGAACGUCAGCUAGACAUGUUUGACCAUCAGCAAAAUGAAAUACUAAGUGCAGCUCAAAAGUUUGAAGAGGCUACAGGAUCAGUGCCAGAUCCCAGUUUGCCCCUUCCAAAUCAACUUGAGAUUGCUCUAAGAAAAAUUAAGGAGAAUGUUCGAACAAUUCUAAAAACACAAACAACUUGCAAAUCACUACAAGAGAAGCUAAAAGAAAAAGAAUCUGCUUUACGGUUGGCAGAGCAAAAUAUUCUGUCAAGAGACAAAGUAAUCAAUGAACUGCGGCUUCGAUUACCUGCCACUGCAGAACGAGAAAAACUUAUAGCUGAGCUAGGCAGAAAUGAAAUGGAUACCAAAUCUCAACAUAUGAUGAAAAUUGCCCAUCAGACUAUCUCAGACAUGCAAGCAAGGUUAAAUCAAAAGGAAGACAUUUUGAAGAAAUACCAGCAUCUUCUAGAAAAAGCGAGAGAGGAGCAAAGAGAAAUUGUUAAGAAACAUGAAGAAGACCUUCAUGUUCUUCAUCAUAAAUUAGAACUACAGGCUGAUAGUUCGCUCAAUAAAUUCAAACAGACAGCUCAGGAUUUAAUAAAACAAUCUCCUGUCCCAGUACCUACCAACAAACAUUUUAUUCGUCUGGCUGAGAUGGAACAGACAGUGGCAGAACAAGAUGACUCUCUGUCCUCACUUUUGAUCAAACUCAAGAAAGUAUCAAAAGAUUUAGAGAGACAAAAAGAAAUCACUGAGUUAAAAGUCAAAGAAUUUGAAAAUAUCAAAUUACGGCUCCAAGAAAGUCAUGCAGAUGAAGUAAAAAAAGUGAAAGCAGAAGUGGAGGAUUUAAGGUGUCUCCUGGCUCAAGCACAAAGGGAGUCCCAGAGUUUAAAGUCUGAACUUCAGGCUCAGAAAGAGGCAAAUUCGAGAGCUCCAACAACUACAAUAAGAAAUCUGGUAGACCGGUUGAAGAGCCAGUUAGCACUGAAAGAGAAGCAACAAAAGGCACUUAGUCGAGCACUGUUGGAACUCCGAGAAGAAAUGACAGCAGCAGCUGAAGAACGUAUUAUUUCUGUAACUUCUCAGAAAGAGGCUAAUCUCAAUGUUCAACAGCUUGUUGAUCGACAUACUAGAGAGCUAAAGUCACAAAUUGAAGAUUUAAAUGAAAAUCUUUUAAAAUUGAAAGAAGCUCUUAAAACAAGUAAAAACAAAGAAAAUUCACUAACUGAUAGUGUAAAUGAUUUAAAUAAUGAACUGCAAAAAAACCAAAAAGCCUAUAAUAAAAUACUUAGAGAGAAAGAUGGAAUUGAUCAGGAGAAUGUUGAACUGAAAAGGCAAAUUAAAAGAUUAUCCAGCGGAUUACAGAGCAAACCUGUGAUAGAUAAUAAGCAAACUUUAAUUGAAGAACUUCAAAAGAAAGUUAAAAAACUAGAAAGCCAACUGGAAAGAAAUGUAGAUGAACUAGACGUAAAACCGGUGAAGGAAAAGAGUGCUAGAGAAGAAUUGAUUAGGUGGGAAGAAGGUAAAAAGUGGCAAACCAAAAUAGAGGGAAUGCGGAACAAGUUAAAAGAGAAAGAGGGAGAAGUCUACAGCCUAACAAAGCAGUUGACUACUUUGAAGGAUCUUUUUGCCAAAGCUGAUAAAGAAAAACUUACUUUACAGAGGAAGCUAAAAACAACUGGCAUGACUGUCGAUCAGGUUUUAGGAGUACGAGCAUUAGAGUCAGAAAAAGAGCUGGAAGAAUUAAAAAAGAGAAAUAUUGACUUAGAGAAUGACAUACUGCAUAUGAGAUCCCACCAAGCUCUUCCACGAGAUUCUGUUGUAGAAGAUUUACACUUACAAAAUAAAUACCUUCAAGAAAAACUUCAUACCUUGGAAAAACAACUUUCAAAGGAUUCAUAUUCUCAGCCUUCGACUACAGAAAUAGAGUCAGAUGAUCGACGUCAAAAAGAGCAGGAACUUCAGAAGGAAAACUUGAAACUGUCAUCAGAAAACAUUGAGCUGAAGUUCCAGCUAGAACAAGCCAAUAAAGAUUUACCAAGACUAAAGAAUCAAGUAAGAGAUCUGAAGGAAAUGUGCGAAUUUCUUAAGAAAGGAAAAACAGAAGUUGAGCGGAAACUUGGUCAGGUUAGAGGGUCUGGUAGAAGUGGAAAGACAAUUCCAGAACUAGAAAAAACCAUUGGGUUAAUGAAAAAAGUAGUUGAAAAAGUCCAGAGAGAAAAUGAACAGCUGAAAAAAGCAUCAGGAACACUGACCAGUGAGAAAAUGGCUAAUAUUGAAGAAGAGAAUGAAAGGUUAAAGGCUGAAUUGGAAAAACUCAAAGCUCACUGUGGACAUCAGUUGAGUAUGCAGUAUGAAUCCAAGAACAAAGGCACAGAGAAAAUAGUUGCUGAAAACGAAAGGCUUCGUAAAGAACUUAAGAAAGAAACUGAAGCUUCAGAGAAACUGCGGAUAGCUAAGAACAAUUUAGAGAUACUAAAUGAGAAGAUGGCAGUUCAGCUAGAAGAGACUGGUAAGAGAUUGCAGUUUGCAGAAAGUAGAGGGCCACAGCUGGAAGGUGCUGACAGCAAGAGCUGGAAGUCAAUUGUGGUUACAAGAAUGUAUGAAACCAAGUUGAAAGAAUUAGAAGCUGAUAUUACCAGAAAGAAUCAAAGUAUUACUGACCUUAAACAGCUUGUAAGAGAAGCAACAGAGAAAGAACAGAAAGCUAAGCAAUAUACCGAAGGCCUUGAACAACAGAUUGAGAUCCUCAAACGUGUUUCUGAAGGUGCGGAGACACAGCAAGGGCUUUUACGGGAGCUUCAAGUCCUUAGAUUAGCCAAUAAUCAGCUGGUUAAAGAAAAGGCAGAAUUAAUCCAUCAGAUAGAAGCAAGCAAGGACCAAAGUGAAGCUGAAAGCACUGUACCUGGUGCCGAUCAACUAAAGGAGAAGAUAAAUGACCUAGAGACACAACUCAGAAUGUCAGAUCUAGAAAAGCAGCAUUUGAAGGACGAAAUUAAGAAGCUGAAAAAAGAACUGGAAAAUUUUGAUCCUUCAUUUUUUGAAGAAAUUGAAGAUCUGAAGUACAAUUAUAAGGAAGAAGUGAAAAAAAAUAUUCUACUAGAAGAGAAGUUAAAAAAACUUUCUGAACAGUUUGGACUUGAAUUAACUAGCCCUGUUGCUGCUUCUGAAGAGUUUGAAGAUGGUGAAAGUUCUAAUAAUUUCCCUAUCUAUUAAAGGACAUAUUUAACUAUAGUAAAUAUUUUACAAGUUAAAGUUUCAGGUGGAAAUCAAGAAAGUCUCUGGACUAUAGCCUUUACAUCUCAAAAUAUUGUAUUUUUGCUUAAACUGGAAGCUUUAGUAAAUAAAAUAUUUAAUUUUUAACAUAGUAUAAAAAGUAUAUUUUUGAAGACUUAAGUUAUGAUUAUACAGUAAUGAGCUAUGAUUAGUUUAUCUUUGUAAUACCAAAUUUUAAAAGCAUGAGGAUAAACUUUUGACAAUUUAAACAUUUAAAAUAGAAAUUUUACAUAUACUUACAUACUUAUAUUGUGUUAAGAUAUUAUAAUCCUAACUAUGUAUACAGAUACAUAGCUAUAUACACAUUUAGACGUUAUGACAUAUAUUUUGUUAAAUAGUGGGCAAGAUUAAAGACAGCUUAAACUAUUUUGAAAAUAAAUGAUAAAAAAUUGUUGGUUUAGUUACCUUUAACAUCCAGUUAUACUGGACAGAAUUCACCCUUUGUAUAGCCUUGGGAACUUAUUACAUUUUUUUAUUUCCAGAGGUUAAGAUUAUUUUGAUGUUAAGUGAAAAUUUGAAUAGGUAUUUGUUUGGAACUGGAAAGUUAAAUUUCUUAGAACACUAGAAGACAUUGAUAUUUUCACAAUAAAUAGGAAUCUUAAGGUAUUUUUGCCUUUUUUAAGUAAGGCAGAAUACUGAAGAUUGUAAUAUAACAAUAAUUCCAGUUGUAUUUCCAUUUUAUACAUCAAAUAUUAUAUCUUUGAGCCUACCAAAUUUCUGCU